AGGAUACGCGCUAAGGUAAAUAUGGCGAGUAGUAACGACGUGGAGGUGGCGUUAGAUGCCGUCGCGGCAGAUCUGGUGCCGGCCGCAGCGGCGGGCGACGCGACGGACGCGGCACUGCGGGAGACGUGCGCCAGCCUGCAGCGCUGCGUGCAGGUCGACUGCACCACCGAGAAGGCGCGGCUCGACGACACCGUCGACGAGAUGCUGACGCGCCUCGAGGAGUUCUCGUCGCUGCUCGACAUCGUGCGCGCCGACAGCGCCCUCUGUCUCGAGGAGACGAUGCCGCGCAUCCUCGCCAAGCGGCGCGAGAUGGAGCAGGUGUUCGCGUCGGUCGAUCAGCUGGAAGCUUUCGUGGCGACUGUCCGGCUCAAUCUGCAGCAGCUGGAGGAGGCCGUGGAGAAGGCUGAGAGCGAGCGCAGCUCUCUUGGCUCCAUAAAGAAAGUGCUGUCGUCGACUCUGCCCUCGUUUCUCUCCAGGAUUCCGUCGGGUGCUGGUGCUGCGUCGACGACGAGAGUGCAGCGCGCCCGCAGGUACGUGGCACCGCCCGUGUUUUCGACUGACAGCUACUUCCAGAAGGAUUCCGAAUAUCAGGAGGCUGUUCAGACGUCGGGUGUCGGAUCAGAUGUUCCGGAUGAAUCACUCGCUACUAUUGUACCUGGUGACACGAGUGACCAGGUUUUGAUAGAACAGCCGACACCUACUAUAGGUGAUUCAGACCACCAACCAAAUUGAGGCAACUCUGGUCUUAACAGUGGGCCCCAUGACUGAGUAGUAUGCUCUGUUCUAAAUUUGUGGCCUACAGAAUUAAGCAAUGAUUAAUUUUUUGAUGUAAAGAGUCUGAAAUGUACACUGCAUUUAAAUGUAACUUCACGGAUGUUUAUUUUUACUAAGCUUGAUACAUAAACCUAUAUGUACAUGUAGUAACAUUACAUUUGUGGUUACUAACUGGGUAACAAAUUUACACCUUCUGAAAGUCGAGUUUAUUUUUUAUAUAUAAUAUUCGGUGUAAAUUUUUGUCAUUUGCUGUCUGCUAUACUGGCCCAGAUGUUUAUCGUAUCCCCAGCUAUCACAUCCUGGGCUUUAAGAGAAAAGGCCCAGCCUUUAGUGAAGAACACCAUGGCCACCAUAGCCAACACCUACUUGUAAAUUUGCCUGUUUGAGAAAGGAAAAGAAAUUGACACUGAGUUGCAGAUAUGCCUGGAGCAGUUGACAUUUUUUGAGCACAAGAUAAAUCGUCAGCUUGAAACUGGUGGUUAAUACCCAAUGGCAAGUGAUACGAUGAUAUGAAUAUGAAGGGUAAAUAUAUGACAUGUGACAGGCACUGUGCACUUGCUUCAUUGUGACAUGAAUAAAAAUGGCCUACCCACACUAUAGGGAAAAGGGAUAACGCUCCAUUAGGAGUGUUUCCAACUUUGAUAUCAUUAAUGAUUAAUGAUUAAUGAUUGAUAAUCCUAACUCUAACCCUAACCCUAACCACUAAUGACAUUAAAGUUAGGAACACUCCUAAUGGAGUAUCACCCGGGAAAAGGCUGGUCAAGGUAUAAGCAACCAUGGUGCAAAAAUGGAGGCCAAUUGUCAGAUUGUAGAUUUCAGAGAUUUAUGAGAGCACGGCCCAAUAAAUGGCGACACUGAGAACCUACAGGUUUAUAUUUUGGAUAGUGGAAUAUGGAUGGUUUAAUCACUCUCAAGAAAUCAGUAAGGAUUAUUGUCAUUUUCAUUAUUUACUCAUUUUGAGAGUUAAAUGUGCUUUCUAUUAUUAAAUACAAACAAAAGCAGUGUAGUGAGCUUUUAAUGCUGAAGAUGUGGAUUAGUUUUAUUUUGGUUCUGCAAGAAAUGAGGGAAAUGUGGAGUAAGUGAAUGUCAUACCUCUGCUUGAGUUAACUAGUCUUAACAUCAUAACUUGGUUAAUAAUAUCUAUGCACGUGAAGUUAAUAAUUGUGGUUUAUUGUUUUAAAAUCAUGCAGCUUUCGCAGCAAGGUGGCGAGGAUGACAAUCUGGUAUGAGUGUGUGUUCAUAUGUAUCCAAUGCAUCGUAUUGAUGUGUCAUUACUCGUACUCUAGGACAUUAUUAGCCCAGGUUGCAUUUGCCAUUUUCAUACACGAUUCAUUUCUUAUAAUUGUCUUGCGUUGCUUUGGUGAAAAUAGUAACCCGAUGCCAUUUGAAACAGCGUGUCAAUUUAUCCCGCAAGUACAAUUAUUAAUAUAUUUUGUGUUUGGAUAUAUGGUCCUGAAAUUGCAAUCAAAUCACGGUUGCUAUAUUGGUAAUUUGCUAUUAAUAACUACUAUAAGGUAUAGGUAAAGUAUAAGGUAUAGAUGUAGUACGUUUGGGUGCACUGUGUUUCCAGUUGCUUUAGUUUCUGAACCAAUAUCAAUAAAACAACUGUAAAUACCACAGACAAUUGUAGUAAGAUGUAAAUUACGUUCAGAAAGUGAUUGCACUGCGUAUUCUAACCGUUCCAUCAAGUUUACUGAAUUAUAAUCGUCGUUAUAAACUUAUCUCACACCCAGCUGUACCCACUGACGUCAACCUAGGAGUUAUUAUAUGGAAUACGCAAGGAACUGGUCAUGAAAUAGGAAUUGGUUUCCUUGUAGCUACACACUCCUCACAAGAAGGCCAAUUCUGCAUGCCACGCUAGGGGCUCGAAUCUAGUUUAUGACCCCGGUUAGGGCUUGGAGCUUACAAUUAUAUGCAAAACUGUGAAAUCAGAUGUACCAGUAAUAUGAUAGAUUUUGAUAUAUAUGCAUAUUAACUAGAGUAGAUAAUAACACUUGAUGUUAUUAUCUACUCUUGAUAUUAAAAAUAGCAUGAAAAUUGAGUACAGCAACAACAGGUGCCAGCUUCAAGGGGGUGUUUGUGGAUGCAUGGUGACCUAACGCCUCAAACGGGACUAUACUUGCUGUGUGAUAUUUUAUAUACUGAUAUUAACUAGUAUUGUUAAUUUUGAACUGCAAAUCCUUGGCAUACAUGUGCAGAAUAAAGACAGAUUGUUAAACCCUGGAUAAAAUUGAA